AUGAAUGAAUAUCUAUCAGAUCAAGAAAAAACCCGAGAACUUGCUCUUAGACUUAAAGCAAUAAAAGCAGAAUUAAAGCCACUCUACAACGGUAAGAUCCUUCGAGCGAAACAAGUUCCAAAUCGCCUCAAAGAAGAAAUCGUCGAGAUUUAUGACCAAUAUGGUGGAAGAAGCAUUCUUAUGAAGCUUUUCAAUAUUUCUUACAGCCAUAUCAAAUCUUGAAGAAAGCAAUGAAAAGAUAACCCUAAUUGUUUCAAAGAAGCGGAUAAUGACCCAUCUUCUCAAAGUCUUCAUUUUACUAAUAGUGUUCUAGAAGGCUUCAAAAAAACUACAGAAAAAUCGAUAGAAAGAUUCAGCAAGUCAAGCUUUAAAAUAAAAGAAGACAAUGAACCACUUACUUUGAGUAAUGUAAAGGAGCUACUUAGCCCAGAAAUUCAGGAGAAAUGUGAAGAAAUUAAAGAAAUGAUGAGCAGGGCGAAGAGAUUGUAUAAUAAAAUGCUGGAUAAUGAAAUCAGAGAGGAAAUUGUGAAAUUGGUUAUUAAAGCUGGAUAUGCAAAGCCGAUUGCGCUGUUGCUGGGAAUCAGUGAAAAAACCAUUUUGGGAUGGAGAGAUUUGUUUGUGAAAGAGCUUGAUGAGAAUAAUCAGAAAGUAGAGGAUAUCGAAGAAUCUUAA